GAUGAAAGUUGGCAGCCAACUUAGUCUGUGUAAAACAGGCUGCGAGGCCAUCGUAGACACUGGAACAUCUAUGAUCACCGGACCGGCAGCAGAGGUCCAGGCCCUGCAGAAGGCAAUCGGAGCUGUUCCACUGAUGCAAGGAGAGUACUUGGUGAACUGUGACAAGGUCCCAUCACUGCCCACCAUCAUCUUCAACAUCGGGGGGCAGACCUACAGUCUGACUGGACAGGACUACAUCCUUAAAGUGACUCAAGCUGGUAAGACUAUGUGUCUCAGUGGCUUCAUGGCUCUGGACAUCCCCCCUCCUGCUGGGCCGCUGUGGAUUCUGGGAGACGUGUUCAUUGGUCAGUACUACACGGUGUUCGACCGUGACAACAACAGGGUGGGCUUCGCUCCAUCCAAGUAACGUCAUCCUGCGCCCGGCCCAGAAGCUCCUGAUCUGAGCUGCUCCUGUUGCUGUGAGGAAAUGUUUUUUUAGUAAUAGAGUGUAUAGAGUCACAUGCACUGAUCUGAGUGGGAAUCAUUUCUGACACUGUGCACAGAUUUUGUGUACUGGCUGUAAAAACACUGAAUCAGUCUGUUUUAUUUUUAAAAGCAAUAAUUUCUUUUAAAGAAAAUGGUCCUGCUGCUGUUUGUAAAAAUGAGAUUGGACUCAGUUAAACCUGGUUUUGAAGAAAGGACUAAUCUGUUUUGUUUUUAAAGACAACUGUCACGCAGCAAUGACAAAAAAAAUCCCUUUAAAAUCCCUUUUGCUUCUGUAAAAUUCUGUAUGUCUGAAGUAAUGUUACAGGAGAGUUGUCAUGAUUAUUUCUCACUUUUACUUUCUUGAUUUCCACAUAAAUUUAUCAGAACUCAUACAGGACUGCCUGCAUAGAACUUACUGUUUGAUUCUCUUCCAUCAGGAACUACAAGCUAACUAAACAAGCUAUUUAAACAAGAUUUAAAAUAAAAUUUAAAUACAACUAAAAAAAUCCUGUUAUAUUUCUUCAUAGGUUGUUGCUGUAAAAGUUUGUUUGUUUUGGCUUUUUUUUUUGCGUGUGAAAUGAUCUCAGUGACUUCAGAUUCAUCAGAUGACCAUGCUGCUGCUUCUAAUUCAAUAAUGUGAGAUUUUCUUGACAAAAAUUUCAUUAAAUUUUGAUUCAAAAAGUUCA